AUGUUUAAUUAUAUUAACUGUUUUUGUUUAGAUACUGGAAAUGUUUAUAAAUUGACCAAUAAAAUAUGGCCAUCAAAGAUUAAUUAUACUGGACAUUAUUGCAAUGGAAAAAUCUGGAUCGAAUAUCUCGCUGAUAAAUUAAAUAUAGAAUUAAUUAAUUAUGCUUUUGGAGGCGCAACAACCGAUUGUGAUUUUGUCACGGGAUAUACUGAAACAAAGACCUGUAAAUUUUAUACACCCAGUAUUAAAGAACAGGUUCAAACAUUUAUUUUCGAUAAUACAAAUUCUGAACAAUCUAACUCAAAAGAUUUUAGUAAAACCAUAUUUACCGUAUGGGAUACUGGAAAUAAUUAUUAUUUUUCCGAUAUGUCGAUAUCACCUAUCGACUCGGUUAAAUUGUUGAUCAACAUACUACAUAUUCUCGCGAAAAAUAUAUCCACUGUAUCUUUGUUAUUAAUACCUAAUCUUCCAGACAUAUCGCGAUUUCCAACUUUCAAGACUAUGAACGAAACUGAAAGAAAAAGAAUUUCAAAGAUGAUUGACAUAGAUGCGGCUACAAAUAUUUACGAACUUGAUUUAUGA